CGCGUCUGGCUUGCGCGUCGAUUGACCUGUUGUACCAACUCUACCAUGGACCACUUUCCAACUAACUGGGGUCGUCCAAGAAACGACGCAUUUGAUGCAUAUGCUACCUACCCCAUUCACCAGCGUCCAUAUAAUGGUCCAAAGGAUACUUUCGCCGAUGGCGUACAGCGAACACAACAACCAAUCGUCACUGGAACGAGCGUGCUGGCGAUCAAGUACAAGGAUGGUGUCAUGAUGGCCGCUGACAACCUCGCAUCAUACGGGUCCCUUGCUCGAUUCAAGGAUAUACAGCGUCUGCACCAAGUCGGCAAUUAUACUGUCAUCGGUGCAGGAGGUGACAUGUCGGACUUCCAGUAUAUUCAGUAUAUCCUUGAGGAGUUGUCCAUCGACGAGAUAUCAGCACAGGAUGGACACGAACUCGGUCCGAUCGAGAUCCACGAAUAUAUGUCCCAGGUCAUGUACGCGCGUCGGUCCAAGAUGAACCCACUUUGGAAUUCCCUGCUUAUCGGAGGAUUCAAGGACGGCAAGAGGUUCUUGUCGUACGUUGACCUUUUGGGUACGACAUAUUCUGCCUCGACGCUUGCCACCGGGUAUGGCGCUUUCAUUGCCCAACCACUAUUACGUAAGGCUGUCGAAGGGAGGGAGGACGUCAUUACUGAAGAGGAAGGUCGAAAAAUUCUUGAGGAUAGUAUGCGUGUGCUGUUUUACAGAGAUGCCCGAAGUUUGAACAAGUUCCAAAUUGCUACCAUCUCUAGUGCAGGCGUGUCCAUCAGUGAUUCGAUACAGCUCGAGACUGGAUGGUCAUUUGCAGAAAACAUCAGGGGUUAUGGUGCCCAGACACAGUAGCUUGUACGCGUGUAUCAUCAAGUUUGAUUCGUCGUUAUUCUAAAUCUAUGAGACACACAAUGGUCCAGCAAAGUCCGGCAGCGCCAACCUGAGGUUACGCUGCCACCUCUCCUUCAUCG